UAGACACACACGUGACCGGGCGCGUCAAUGCGCACUGGAGACUGGAGACGGAGCAAGGGCACCCAAACCAUCCGCCUCAUUUACAGACAGCCUCAUACUCCCCCUCGAGAUCGCAGUCGGCGGCUCGCUCUCUCUUCCACGGAAACUUCGCGUGAGAUACGAGCUUGGGAUUAUUUUAACGCUCAGAAAAAAAGAAAAAGGUUCGCCUGUGUGUUGAAACAGGUCGAAACGCUCGGCUGCUGGACGAGUGUUCUCUCUCUCUCCGGGCUUUAGAAACGCAACUCAACUUGGGUGAGAGAUUCAGACCUGGAUUUUUGCUCCCUGGCUCAUCUCAACCCGGGCAGACCACAUCCUCUGCAGACGAUUGGCAUAUUUGGACGAUAGCGGAUAAACAAACAAAUAAAUAAAUAAAGCCUCCGCAUGCCCGGUGGAGAACCGCACUCUGUGCAGUUUGGAUCACGGAUUUUUGUGGAUUAAUGCUCUUGAAGACACACGGCAGCGAGCUUCGGUUUUCAUGGGAUAAUUGCCAUAACAUUUUAGGCUUAAUUAGGCCCCACGUUCUGUAAUUUCCAUUAAAGCUACUGCGAACUGGCAGAAAGCUUUUUUCGUUCUUUUUUUCUAAGGCAGUGUUUAUUUGCUGAAAAAGCUGCCUGGAGAAUUUUUAAGGGGUCAGCUCACUGCUCUGAGUUGCACAUCACCAAGUGAAAAUUGUAACACAUUUAGGCUCUGCGCAGCAGGGUUGCUCCCCCAUUCGCUUUAACGAUCACAUUCUGCUAGGUUUUCGUCAUCAGACACAAGUCUUAAAUUCCCGAAGGUGAUGGUGACUUAUCCCCGGAGGAAAAGUUAACUGUCCCGUGAACCCUGUCUGCUUUUUUUGGUGAUCUGGUUUGCAGAAGACGGCGAAAGAGACUGGCGUAUGCUACAGAUUUCCUCUGCUUGUCCAGACCACAGUUUUUCCACCGUCUUUUCUCAGGCUGCUUAUCACCGCCUGGACUCGGAUCCCGGAAUCUUCAUGAUUUGCGGACACAAUGCUCGUUUUUUAGCCGGGAAACCCUCUUUUCGUCCCGCAUGUUUAGGACCAAACGAUCGGGGCUCGUCCGGCGACUCUGGAGGAGCCGUGCGCCCGUGGAGGGCGACGGGGAAACGGAUAGAGGGACGCAUGGCUCCGGGGGCUGCUGCAUGGGCAAAACGACAAAGGUGGCCAAGUCCAACGCAGGGUCGGAGGCUGAAUUGAAGGCGUUGACCCACUCGAUACUGAAAAAGAUCAAAGAGAAACAAUUGGAGGUGCUUUUGCAGGCAGUGGAGUCCAAAGGGGGUGCCCGCAGCCCCUGCUUGCUCCUGUCCAGCAAAGUGGACGCCAAAGUGGGUCAACAGUCUUACUCUCUCCCCAUGCUGCUCUACAAAGUGUUCAGGUGGCCGGACCUCAGGCAUUCCUCGGAGUUGAAGAGGCUGUCUUGCUGUGAAUCCUACGGGAAAAUCAACCCAGAGCUUGUUUGCUGCAAUCCCCACCACAUGAGCAGGCUCUGUGAACUCGAGUCUCCUCCUCCACCAUAUUCCCGCUAUCCCAUGGACUAUCUUAAACCACCAGAUUCUCCAGACUCUGGACCUUCAUCCAGUGAAACUGGAGGAACGACUUACUCGGCCCCUGUGGGGCUUUCAGAUUCUCUGGCAUUGCAGGAGUCUGGCGAGCGGGCCCACUGGUGCGUGGUGGCAUACUGGGAGGAGAAGACUCGUGUCGGGCGCCUCUACUCGGUCCAGGAACCCUCUCUGGACAUCUUCUAUGAUCUACCUCAGGGGAACGGCUUCUGCCUGGGCCAGCUCUGCUCCGAAAACAAGUCCCCGCUGGUGCAGAUGGUGCGGGCCAAGAUCGGCUAUGGUAUCCAGCUGACGCGCGAGCCGGACGGGGUGUGGGUCUACAACCGCAGCUGCUAUCCCAUCUUCAUUAAGUCGGCCACACUGGAUAACCCGGACUCGCGCACGCUACUGGUGCACAAGGUGUUCCCUGGAUUUUCCAUUAAAGCUUUUGACUAUGACAAGGCCGGCAGCUUGCAGAGGCCCAACGAUCACGAGUUCACGCAGCAGCCUCGCACAGGCUUCACAGUGCAGAUAAGCUUUGUGAAAGGCUGGGGACAGUGCUACACCAGACAGUUCAUCAGUAGUUGCCCAUGCUGGCUGGAAGUCAUCUUUAACACCCGAUAGCAGCAGCAGCAGCAGCCUUCCCCCUCUUCUUCAACAGCCCUCACAAACGGACUACACCCACGUUCCUUGUUUUUUGUUUUUUUUUCCCUUCUCUCCACGGGAAAAAAAAAAGGAUUUAAAAGAAGAAGAAAGUCUAAAAU